AUGAUAAUGAACAACCAAAGUAUCAUCUCUGAGUUCCUUCUCCAGGGCCUGGCCAUUCCCCCAGAACACCGGGACCUGUUCUAUGUCCUGUUCCUGGCCAUGUACCUCAUCACUGUCCUGGGGAACCUCAUCAUCAUCAUCCUCAUCCUACUGGACUCCCAUCUCCACACACCCAUGUACUUGUUUCUCAGCAACUUGUCCUUCUCUGACCUCAGUUUUUCCACAGUCACAAUGCCCAAAUUGCUCCAGAACAUGCAGAGCCAGGAUCAAUCCAUUUCCUAUGCAGCCUGUGUGACACAAAUAUACUUUUUACUGGUUUUUGCAGCCAUGGAGAGUUUCCUUCUAGUGAUCAUGGCCUAUGACCGCUAUGUAGCCAUCUGUUUCCCCCUUCAUUACACCAACAUCAUGAACCCCAAAAUCUGUAUGUGUCUGGCGGGGCUAUGUUGGGUACUUUCUAUGCUGUAUUCCAUGAUGCACACUCUACUCUUGGGUAGGUUGUCAUUCUGUGAGAACAAUGUGAUCCCUCAGUUUUUCUGUGAAUUGUCUUCCCUUCUCAAGUUGGCUUGUUCUGACAUUUAUAUUAAUGAAUUAAUAAUAUUUAUUAUAGGAGGGCUAAGUACCGUUGGCCCAUUCUUACUCAUCAUUGUGUCCUAUAUACAAAUUGUCUACUCCAUCCUGAAGGUUUCCUCUACUCGGGUUCUCCACAAGGUCUUCUCCACAUGUGGCUCCCACCUGUCUGUGGUCUCACUGUUCUAUGGAACAAUUUUUGGUCUCUACCUUUGUCCAUCAACUAAUAACUCUACUGUGAAAGAGACUGCCAUGGCCAUGAUGUACGCACUGGUGACUCCCAUGUUGAACCCCUUCAUCUACAGCCUGAGGAACAGAGAUAUAAAAGAGGCACUGAUAAGAGUCCUUUGCAAGAAGAAAAUGUCUUUGUAA